AUGAAUCAUCCCACCAAGUCGUCAUUCGCCGGACAAUGGAAGGGAGGCAGCCUACGUGCGGCUGCUUCACGCCCAAGCUCGACUGUCUCUUCUCCCGCGCCGACGUCUCGCCCCGGGAUAUCGCAGACACGCUACGUCAUGUUUGGCACAUUUGUCGUCGCGUUGGCGCUUAGCGUUGCCCAUCACUUUUUCCUGACUAUCCUCGACGGGAAGCAUGUCGACAAGUCCGGCCUGACGCAGACCUGGGUUCGGGAUAUUGGGAAUGCCCUAGCUGGAAUGACGGGGUUCCUUCUUCAAGCCUCAGUUGGGGUAGCCCUGACUCAGAGCAUAUGGUUGUACAUCCGCGGAAACCGCCUGACAUUGAAUAAUCUCGAUAUAUUAUUCUCCCUUCCGUCCCUAUCGGAUCUACCAUCGAGCCUUUUCAAGAGCAGCGUGCUCUACGUCCUCUUACUCGCGGUAGUGAUCAAGGCGCUCUCCCUCGUCAGCGUCUUCGCACCCAACGCCCUAUCGGUCAUACCUGCCCAUCCCAUCAGGUCCAACUUGAGCGUUCCCUUCCCAUCGCUCGAUCGCAUAGACGGCACCGUCAGUUCACGCUUGAAACCAGUGAAUAGCACGCAUUACCGCUACAUCGGCUCUUCCCCUCGCUUCCAGAGACUCGCUCGGGGUGUUCUGGACGGUAACACCAUAUUGCCGUGGGCCCCUCCGGACGGUUGUGGCCGGGAAUGCGAUUACCACCUCAACUACUCGGGACCAGCGCUGAGAUGCAGCGAUAUCUCCAAAUCCUUGAUCGAUCUGCUUCCAGUGAAUUCCACCCUGUCUUCUAAGUUGGAUGCGACUCUGGAUCCCGACGUCCAUGUAUCCAACGCCUCACACUUCUUAGCGUCGACAUACCUCUACAACGCGACAGCGACUUUCUUGAACGGCACCGCCUUGCCUGGGUGGAGCUCAAACUCCAAGAACUGGACCGAGUCAGACAAUAGGUCGCUUGCUCUCGAUGUUGUCUAUGCCGUGAAUCAGUUUGGCCUCCCGGCCAACGCCUCGCUGAACCGCUAG